AUGCAGAGCGACAAUGGACUGGUCCAGGUCGCCUCGAACACAAACAAAUCACUCUCAACGCCGGCUUUGACCGAUGCGGCCUCUCAAAAAGCCGACCUUUUGCGUCAAGUCGCAAGCACGAGCAGUUCUACAGAUGGCGGGCUGAUCGCGCAAUUGCUCAGCAACCCCUUCUUCACAGCCGGCUUCGGUCUUGCUGGUCUCGGUACCCUCUUCACCUUCGGUCGAAGAGGUCUUCGGCAUGGAGCUGCCCUUAUGCGACGACGUCUUCUGGUCGACGUUGAGAUCAGUGUUCGAGACGACUCCUACCCCUGGUUUCUCUACUGGAUGACGUUACAUGAGCGAGGGCGAUUGGCGCAGAAGGCAUCGCAGACAAAUACCGGUGCUUUGGAGUCCCUGUUUCAGCGACUCACACCUGGCAUGCGGCAUUUGGCAAUUGAGACGGAGAAAAGAGAACUACCUAAUGGUGCCAUUCACACAAAUUUUGUCUUAAUCCCAGGCCCUGGUAGGCAUGUGAUCCGCUAUCGGAAUGCAUGGAUCAUGGUCAACCGCCAGCGCGAGUCGAAGCAGUUCUCGAUGGAUGGAAAACCGUGGGAGACCGUCACCUUGACCACCCUGUAUUCUCAGCGGCACGUCUUUGAGUCGUUGUUUAAAGAGGCUCAUGAUAUCGCGACUCAAUCAGUCGAAGGUAAAACUGUUAUUUACACCGCAUGGGGUACAAAGUGGGAUAAGUUCGGCCACCCUCGCAGCAAACGACCUCUCGAAUCCGUGAUUCUCGACGAGGGCGUCAAAGAACGCAUUGUCGCCGACGUCCAGGACUUCCUCUCUUCAGCCAAAUGGUACUACGAACGAGGAAUCCCUUACCGAAGAGGCUAUCUCCUUUAUGGGCCACCCGGAACGGGUAAAUCAUCGUUCAUUCAAGCCCUCGCGGGGCAUUUGAAUUACGACAUCGCCAUGCUUAAUCUCAGUGAGCGUGGUCUGACGGACGAUAGGCUGAAUCACCUCUUGACGGUCAUUCCCCAACGGACGUUGGUUCUUUUGGAGGACGUUGAUGCGGCAUUUGCAAACCGGCGGCAAGUCGAAGCCGACGGGUAUCAAGGAGCCAACGUGACGUUCUCCGGCUUGUUGAACGCUUUGGAUGGUGUGGGCAGUGCCGAAGAACGCAUCAUCUUUCUCACGACCAACCACGUUGAUCGCCUCGACGAAGCUCUCGUCCGGCCUGGCCGAGUGGAUAUGACAGUGCGACUCGGUGAAGCAACGACUUAUCAGAUCGAGCAACUCUGGGCUCGGUUUUACAACGAUGCGGAUCCCAAAGGAGUGUUUAGGCAGAUGUUCUUUGAGAAACUCCAUGAGAUAGGAGUCUUAGCGCCAGGACCUGGGAGAAGCAGUCGGACGAGCAUGGCGGCCCUACAGGGGCUGUUUUUGUACAACAAAGGCAACCCUCGCGGAGCCAUUGACAUGGCGUGGCAGCUAGCACCGGGCGAAUUACCCAGUGCUUUGAACAAGGACAGUCAAGCGCAUGCCAUCAACGCCUCUUGA